AUGAAGGCUGACCGCGUCUUGUGCGGUCUGGCAGGCUGGCUACAGGGUGAGCGAGGACUUUACAACGAGGCGCGAGCUCCAGCGUGCUUACAGACCCGAUUUCUCGCCGUCUCCUCUUCAUUCCUCGCUCCCCCACUACACCUCGUCACUCCGCCGAAGCACAUCGACGGAGCGGAAUGGUACGAGAACGAGGAAUCCUGCGGGAAAGCCAUCCGCGACUUUGUGGAGCGCACUGGCACGCCGCGCAGCGAGAUCUUUUUCACCACCAAGCUCAUGCACAACAAGACUGACCCGGCCUGGGUCGAACACUGCGUGGACGUCUCGACGCAGAAGGCUGGCAUCUCGCCCGACCUCUACCUCAUCCACGACCCGAACGGCGGCCCAGAAGUGCGGGCAGCGAUGUGGGAAGGGUGCUGCAGGGUCAAGGACAAGGGGAAGGUCAAGUCGAUUGGCGUCAGCAACUUUGGCGUCAAGCACCUCGAGGACUUGCUCGCAGGCAAGCCCAAAUACGUGCCUGCCGUCAACCAGAUUGACCUCCACCCCUUCAUGACACGGAACGAACUUGUCGCGUAUUGCGAGUCGAAGGGCAUCGUCCUCGAGGCAUGGGCGCCGCUCGUACGAGGAUUGCGCUUCAAGCAUCCGGUCGUCGUUGAGAUCGCGGAGAAGUACAAGAAAUCGCCUGCGCAGGUCCUGAUCCGCUACGGCCUGGAUCGGGGCUUCAUCGUCAUCCCGAAAUCAACGCACAAGGAGCGCAUUAUCGACAACGCGAACGUCUUCGACUUCAAGCUCGAGAAGGCGGACCUUGAUCGCCUGACUUCGCUCGACGAGUUCCUCGUGACGGACUGGGAGGUUUCGACUGUCCCGUAG